GCCUGUCUCUUUCCCUGUCUGUGUGCAUGCAUGCUGCGCAGUCAUCAACACAUGCAGGAGAGAUGCUCCCAUCCUGGGCUUUGUUUUUCAGCGCAGUGUGCCUGUGCAGCUUGUCCCAACCCGGACACACGAAGAAGACAGCCAGGUGUCCUUCAACAUGCAGCUGCUCCAAGGAGUCCAUCAUAUGUGUCGGGUCCUCAUACGUGCCCAGGAUAAGCCCCAACGACAUCAUUUCUUUGUAAGUACGGAGCAUAGUCAACGGGACCUUCUCCGAGGUCAAAGAGGCCAUGUUUUCUCACAUGCCAUCACUCCAAUUACUGCUCCUGAACUCCAAUUCCCUGACGACCAUAAGAGACGACGCAUUCUCGGGCCUAGCGCAUUUGGAGUAUCUGUUCAUAGAGAGUAACAAGGUAGAGACUGUAUCCAAAUAUGCCUUCAGAGGACUUAGGGACCUGACCCACUUGUCUUUGGCAAACAACAACAUCAAGGCUCUGCCUCGGGACCUCUUCAAUGGUCUGGACUCUCUCAUCGAGCUGGACCUCCGAGGCAACACCUUCGAGUGCGACUGCCGAGCCAAGUGGCUGAUGACGUGGCUGAGGAGCACCAACGCCACGGCGUCCGAUGUCGUGUGCGCUGGACCGGAGGACGUGAAGGACAAGCGUCUCAACGAUAUGAUCAUGAGUAGCGAGUGCAUCUCAACAGAUUUUGUCCUUCAUCAGACGGUGACUUCGGAGUCCCUCUCCAUAGACACCUUCAGCUACAAGAACGACGUCUUUGUGGCCAUCGCGGCUCCUAGCGCAGAGAGCUGCAUGGUCCUCCAGUGGGACCACAUAGAGAUGAACUUUCGAACCUACGACAACAUCACAGGUCAGUCCAUCGUGGGCUGCAAGUCAGUGGUCAUCGAGGAGCAGGUGUUCAUCAUAGUGGCUCAGCUCUUUGGCGGCUCGCACAUCUACAAGUUCGAUGAGGACCAAAGCACGUUCACCAAAUUCCAGGACAUCGAGGUGUCCAAGGUCUCCAAGCCCAAUGACAUCGAGACCUUCCGGAUCGGAGCCGACCGAUUCUUCGUAAUCGCCGACAGCUCCAAAGCGGGCCUGUCCACGCUGUACAAAUGGAACGACAGCGGGUUCUACUCCUACCAGUCCCUCCACGAGUGGUACCGCGACACCGACGCAGAGUUCUUGGACCUGGACGGGAAAGCCCACCUGGUGUUAGCGAGUCGCUCUCAGGUACCGGUGAUCUACCAGUGGAGCCGCAGCAACCAGAAGUUCGUCCUCCAGGGCGAGAUCCCAAACACGGAGGACGUGGUCGCCGUGAAGCACUUCCGCAUGCAGGAAGAGCUCUACCUGGCCAUGACACGCUACAUCGGAGACUCUAAGGUCGUGCACUGGGGCGCCAAGCAGUUCUCGGAGAUUCAAGCGCUGCCGUCACGCGGUGCCAUGAUCCUCCAGCCGUUCUCCUUCAAAGAUCGCCACUACCUGGCGCUGGGAAGCGAUUACACCUUCUCACAGAUCCUUCUGUGGGACGGCGAGCAGAAAACGUUUGAGCGCUUUAAGGAGGCUUACAUACAGGCGCCGCGCUCUUUCACCGCCGUGUCCACCGACCGCCGGGACUUCCUGUUCGUGUCCAGCUUCAAGGGGACCACGCAGAUCCUGGAGCACGUCCUCAUUGACUUGAGCCUAUGAGCGCAGUUCGUCUCCUACGAUCCAACAUCUUCCAUACAAAAAAAACGAGCCGACUAGUUCGGAAUGUAAAAUCAUCGAUCGUCCGCAGAUUCUUUUUCCAAACUUUUCUGAGAGGCCAGGUUUAACAACUUGUCCGCUAUGUUGCCUUAUCUGCUUGAUGCUCCGACAGGCUCACGGCGCCCUCUUGCUGUGACGACCAAGCAUCCCACCUGUUUUUUGCUUACCGUGUGCAGGGAAUGUCUUAAAAAGCACAAACCUUUAAUCUUCGUAGAUGCAAAUCCAGUCUUGAGAGUGUAGUUUGUUAACAAAAUUGUACGACAAGCAAGAAUAAAAACAUGUUGUUUAAAGAUGUUAUUCAGGGGUUAGAUGCAGGACGUGUCUGGUACAAUAGUUCCCGCUUUAGUUUAGAUGCAUCUUUUAUCUUUCUUAACGCACGUCGUCAUGACUCCAGGCAAAAAUAGUGCCAUUUUAGUCCUUAAAUAUGCUUUUCAUACUGCAGAAGACAUUGAAUACCAAAAUCGAGACAUGGACUGCAAUGCCCGAGCAUCUUUUUUUCUUUUUUAGUAGUUCUGUCAAAUGUUAAAAGCAUGAAAAGUAAAGAAGGUUUUUAAGUCAACAAAACGAAUGGAAAUAGCAAAAGUGUCAAGGGAUAUAAAGCGUACAUCACACAGAAUGUAAAAUUAUAGUGAUGGAAGUGUUGAACAUUGGAAUAAAUGAUGCUGACUUGAGUUUAUUUUUAAUUGAUGUCAACACAUGGCUGAGUGAAUAAUUAUAUUUAUUGUUAUAACGGAAAUAAGUUGAUUUACACACUUUGACAUACAGUACAGGCCAAACGUUUGGACACACCUUGUCAUUUCAAUGCGUUUUUCAUGACUAUUUACAUUGUAGAUUGUCACUGAAGGCAUCACAACUAUGACACCUGUGAAGUGAAAACCCUUUCAGGUGACUACCUCUUGAAGCUCAUCGAGAGAAUGCCAAGAGUGUGCGAACAAGUAAUCGGAGCAAAGGGUGGCUAUUUUGAAGAAACUUGAAUAGAAAACAUGUUUUCAGUUAUUUCACCUUGUUUUUGUUAAGUACAUAACUCCACGUGUGUUCAUUCAGUUUCGAUGCCUUCAGUGACAAUCUACAAUGUAAAUAGUCAUGAAAAUAAAGAAAACGCAUUGAAUGAGAAGGUGUGUCCAAACUUUUGGCCUGUACUAUAUACAUACUACGGUAUAUAGUAAACCCUCGUUUAUUGCUAUUAGUUGGUUCCCAGCCUGACCGUGGUAACUUAAUUUCCGCGUAGUAGGAAUGAAUAAUUUGAUAUCUUUAUAGCUACAGCAUAAACAACUGCUUACAACCUUCAAAAUAGGAUUUUUAAUAUUACGAGAGCGUGCUCGACAUGAAAUAACCCCCACAUAUUCGUCUUUACACUCGUUUCAUCCAUUAUAGUAAUGCUGCCUGAUAUUGAACAGCACAUUUUGCUUGGGUUGGUCUCAUUUAAGGGCCAAUACUGCUGUAGUUUUGAUAUUUUUAGUGAAUUUAGCCAUGUUUUAUGCUUGAUGCCUAAAUAAUGCCAAAACUAGAAUAUGUAUUCACGUAAACGAGGCUGACAGUUCAACUAAAAUAGGACAGGAUAGACUUUUAUUAUUUUGUGCUUCAAAAGUAGCGGCUAGCCAGCGAGUGAGCAUCAACUUGCUACCAUCGUCCUCUAUAAAAUUCAGGCAGGCAGAAGAAUUUAAAAUUUUAAAGUGAAAUAAACCUUUCGGUCUUGCCAAAGGACCAUUCUCUUCCAUACGUGUUGUAUGGAAAACGUGCCAUAUUUAUUUAGUUUUACCUAAGCAAAAUAAUCAUUAAAAAUGAUGACAAAUUGCUAAAAAAACAUGUUAUACUAUCAGCAGGUAAGUUGGUUCAUAUUUCAUUCAUGUAUGUGAACAAAGUAAAGUAUACAACUGUGUACUAAUGUCAAAUUAUAAACUGGGUGGAGCUGGGUAGUUUUCACCUGUUUUCGCUAAUUUAUAUUGCUAUUUGUGAUGCUGAUUAUAUUUGGGAUUUCAUGUUUUUACAGCAGAUCUCUAAAAAUACUCUUAACAUACAAUUUUGUAAUCACAGAAUUACACUUGGACAAUUGGGACUUUAUUUAUUGAUACACACUCUUACUGUAUUUCAAUGCGUAGUGUCAUGGCCACCGUGUUGGGUGUUUUCAUUGCCCCUUUGUCCAUUGAUGUGUAUUUCUGGUCUUGUCAUCUUCGUACGGACAAAAGGGUGACACGGCAGUGCGGCUGGAUCAAAAGAGACGUCGGAGACUCUUUACUGGACCAAAAGUUGCUUUAUUACAAGUGAGUGUCAUUAAACAGGUAUGCAGUACCUGGAGGAGCUCAGGUCAAAAAUGAAGGACUCCUAACUUGGAGGAGCCGAACCACAGUCUUAUAUUCCUUCUUUCUCUGUCUGGGUGCUCCUGGCCAUAAAAAGAAAUGUUUGUGUGUAAGUGUCUGGAAAACAACUGCUUUAAGUCAUAACUUAAAUGUUGGCGUUGAGCUAGACAGGUAGUCUCUUCUCCAGGAUAGAGCUAUCACUUUUGCAUUCCGAAGUCUGAAUGUAUUGCCUCUUCUCGUGAGAGAGUUAACCCAGUCCACAUACGAAUGUCCAACUAAGGCCCCUUAAUUUAUGAUGGGCUCAACUAUUAUUUACUUAAACCUGGUGGUUCGCUUUCUCCAAGGUGAAUAUAAACAUUCACCGUUUGUAGAUCACAAUAUGAGUCAAUUAAUUCACGUCACCAUCAAACGUAUUUUCUUACUUUAAGACUGUGUAGCUGCAAUUAUUAGGAAGUAUGAUAGAACCUCGGCUCACAAGGUUUUUGAGAUACGAGGUUUCUCUCAGGUAAUUGUUAGCUUUUCGGUUACAAACCUCCCGAUGCUAGUUGGCGUGGCGAAUGUCACACUGUUCGACGUAGAACGGGUGCCAGGAGUAUGUCAGUGAACCUCACUCCUUGACAACUUCAAGAGUAGUGGCAGUCAGCUUAGGCUUUUAGCCCAGUGGUCAGCACGCUCGCCUCUCAUAUAAACAACCAGGGUUUGUGUCCCCGUGCAGAAUGCGGUACAAAGUCAUGGGGCCAAACUUGUUGGGUUACUCCAGGGGUCGGCAACCCAAAAUGUUGAAAGCGCCAUAUCGGACCAAAAUUACAACAAACAAAUCUGUCUGGAGCCCCCCAAAAUUAAAAACCUUAUAUAAAUGUUAUAAUGAAGAGAACACAUGAUGUAAGUGUCUAUAUUAGCUAUAUUAGCCUACUAUCAAAAUGACUGUGUCACAGGCUGACGCAAAUCUUCGUUAACAGAAAUGUUUUUCAUUUUUAUUCUACACAUUUUUGCAACAUUGGAAAUCAUUAGUAAAAUGGAGGCUUCUCACAGGAAGAGAUAACUUCGGGAAAUGACUGGCUCAGAAUGGCCAAAGGUAUAAAUGUGUGUGUCCAAAUUUCAGGAAACGGUGGGCUAUCUUCUUCUAAUGGAUUUAUUAAAA